AUGAGCAAGCUCCUCACCCGGCGGCCAGACCGCGUCGACCUGACAAAACCUCGAGUCUCGAUCCAGCCGCACCAGGGGGUCAGGAAGCUCACCAUAAAGAACCUCCGCCCUGCUGCCCGUCAAGACAGCCUCGACCAGUACUACGCCCGUGCCUUCGGGGAGCUCCAGGACGCUCUGCGGUGCAUCCUGGAGCGCAAGCAGCCAAAGCAGCCCCUCGAGCGCCUCUACCGCAACGUCGAGGAUCUCUGCCGGCACGGAAAGGCAAAGGAGAUCUACGAUCAUCUGCGCAUGAUAUGCGAGGCGCAUCUGCAGCAUGAGGUCCUUGCCGCCAUUGACCGCGACGCCGGAAACGUGCACCUUGGCGUCCCCAAGCUCAAGAGCGUCCACAAGCAUUGGGUCAUUUGGCAGACACAAUCUACCACGAUACGCUCAAUCUUCAGCUAUCUCGACCGUGCUUUCCUUCUCAACCAGAAGGACCUCCAGCAGAUCAACGACAUGACCAUCUCGUUGUUUAGGCGAGCCUGCUUCAAGCACACCGAGCUGAACCGCCAUGGGCGAUUACCCGGGCCCGAUGCCAUCUCAGGCAUGUGCGACCUCGUCGAAUACGAUCGGAGGGCGGAUGCGCGCUUCGACGCCGCACUGCUUCGCGACUCCGUGUCCAUGGUCAACGUGCUCAACAUCUAUGGCAAGUACUUUGAGCCCAAGCUGCUGUCCUGCUCACGAGCCUACUUCUCCGAGUUCGCCGAGGAGCAUAGCGCGGCUAGUCUCAAAUCCUACAUUACCGCUUGCGAAGGCCUCCUUGCCAGGGAAGAUUUCCGGUGCAACGCAUAUAACUUUGACAGCACCACGAAACGGCAGCUGAUGGACGAUGCCCACGCAACACUGAUCGACGAAUACACCGACAAACUUCUGGAUGGCGAGAGCCUGAGCAAGCUGCUCGACGAGAACGAGGUGGAGGUGCUGAAAGCUCUAUAUGAGCUCUUGCGGCUGUCCAGCAUCCAGAAGAAAUUGAAGGAGCCUUGGACCGCGUACAUCAAAGUUGCGGGCAGCGCCAUUGUCAAUGACACGGCCAGGGGCGACGAGAUGGUUGUACGCCUGCUGCUCUUCAGGCGGACUCUUGAUGUCAUGAUCAGAGAUGCCUUCGACAAGGAUGCAGACUUCUCUUACAGCUUGAAGGAGGCGUUUGCGAGUUUCGUCAACGACAAGAAAAUCCUAGCGUCGUGGAAGACGGGCACAUCCAAAGUGGGCGAGAUGAUUGCCAAGCACAUCGACCUCCUCCUGCGUGGUGGACUCAAGACACUGCCUCAGUCGCUCCUGUCGGACGUCCAAGACCGCGCGGAUGCCGAGAAGAGUGGUCAAGCCAGCACUGGUGACGAGGAUGCCGAGCUCGACCGGCAACUCGACCAGGCUCUCGAGUUGUUCAGGUUCAUCGAAGGCAAGGACGUCUUUGAAGCCUUCUACAAGCAAGACCUUGCAAGGCGCCUGCUCAUGGGCCGCAGCGCGAGCGCGGACGCCGAGAGGAGCAUGCUCAGCAAGCUUAAGAGCGAGUGCGGCUCAAGCUUUACACACAACCUCGAGCAGAUGUUCAAGGACCAGGCACUGGCCCGAGACGAGAUGGCCUCGUACCGGGCGUGGCGCGAAGGCAACGGGCACAAGACUGGCGGUCUGGACCUGUCGGUCAGCAUUCUGUCCGCCGCGGCGUGGCCAACGUAUCCCGACACCAAUAUACUGCUGCCCGACAAUGUGGCCUCCCAGGUCGAGCAGUUUGACAAGUACUACGUGAACAAGCACACUGGGCGUCGUUUGACAUGGAAGCACUCAUUGGCUCACUGCGUGGUCAAGGCGCGGUUCAACAAGGGCCCCAAGGAGCUCCUCGUCAGUGCCUACCAAGCAGUCGUGCUUACGCUCUUCAACCAGGUCGAGGGCCGUGGCGGCGACAACGAAGUCCUGACCUACCAGCAAGUAUCGGAAGGCACGGGCCUGACUGGCGGCGACCUCGACCGGACGCUCCAGUCAUUGGCAUGCGGCAAGUCGCGCGUGCUGACCAAGAACCCGAAGGGCAAGGAGGUCAACCCCACCGACACGUUCACCGUGAACAAGGCGUUUGUCGACCCCAAGUACCGCGUCAAGAUCAACCAGAUCCAGCUCAAGGAGACAAAGGAGGAGAACCAGGCGACGCACGAGCGCGUGGCGCAGGACCGGCAGUUUGAGACGCAGGCCGCCAUCGUGCGCAUCAUGAAGAGCCGCAAGACCAUGACGCAUGCCGAGCUCGUCGCCGAGGUCAUCAACCAGACCAAGUCGCGCGGCGCUGUCGACACUGCCGAGAUCAAGAAGAACAUUGAAAAGUUGAUCGAGAAGGAAUAUCUAGAAAGAGAGGGCAACUCAUAUGAAUACCUAGCAUAG